AGGAAAAGCCAUCUUCUGCUGGCGUGCGGCUGGGUGUGUCUGCUCGCCUCCCCCCCCCCCCAGUGGGGCCGCAUUUCUGGCAGGCAGUCCGACUGGGAGGGACCCGGCGUCAAAGCCACCCAGGAAAGGAGGCCUGAUCCGCUCAUUGCCAUUCCCAGCCGGUGACCCUUCCUUCUCCUUCCACCUGCUCCGUGCUGCGGGCGCUCCGACCUCCCCGCCGCGGGUGCCGAGCCCGCUCCCCAUCGCCACCGCAGCCCCGCGCCCCACGGCAGCAUGGCCAGCACCGUCUCAGCCUACAAGGAGAAAAUGAAGGAGCUGUCUCUGCUCUCCCUCAUCUGCUCCUGCUUCCACACCCAGCCGCACCCUAACACCAUCUACCAGUACGGAGAUAUGGAGGUGAAGCAGCUGGACAAGAGGGCAUCAGGUCAGAGCUUCGAGGUGAUCCUGAAGUCGCCUUCAGAUUUAUCUCCCGAGAGCCCCAUCCUUUCCUCCCCCCCCAAGAAGAAGGACCUGUCCCUGGAGGAGCUGCAGAGGAGGCUGGAGGCUGCAGAGGAGAGGAGGAAGACCCAGGAGGCGCAGGUGCUGAAGCAGCUGGCGGAGAAGCGGGAGCACGAGCGGGAGGUGCUGCACAAGGCGCUGGAGGAGAACAACAACUUCAGCCGCCUGGCCGAGGAGAAGCUCAACUACAAGAUGGAGCUGAGCAGGGAGAUCCGCGAGGCGCACCUCGCCGCCUUGAGGGAGCGGCUCCGCGAGAAGGAACUGCACGCAGCCGAAGUUCGCAGGAACAAGGAACAGCGGGAGGAGAUCUCUGGAUAAAGGGCUUUUCUACACACCUAGCACCUGAUUCCUGUUAACAAACCAACCAACCAACACAUUUUAUUUUGUUUGUCUAGAUGCAGCGUUUGGUUCUCCAUCCCCCCAUCCCCUGGUGUUCGUCCCCCAGCUACACGCUUCUCUAUCUCUGCAUCCUAAAUCGUUCGGUACUUGUGGGGAUUCACAGAUCAUAGGGACCUCUAAGCAGAAUAGCAGCUAGCUCACGCGAAAUAGAGAAUCAGUCGAUCAAUCAGCUUCUUUGGAGGGUUUGUCCUUUUUUUAAAAAAAAUAUUUCUUAAUCUAAUGUAAAAAUGAAGAUGUUAAUAAAUUCAACCAGCAGUGUCACGGAGAUACGGAUUUCUUAUCCGGGCCUUUUAGUACUCUCGAUGUUUGCUCUGAGCCA